CCUUUUCUAUGUAUAUGAACUAGGCUGUGUAAAUCAUGUAGAAUAUUUGGAAGUGUGAAUGGCUCUUUGUACUUAGAAGUCGAAUUUCUGAUGCAAUAUUCGUUAACAAGACGUGAAUGCACUGUAUAGACAGUACGAAAGUAUUGAGGCCCGCGUGAUAAAGAUGCUAUUAUAUAUUUGAAAGAUAAGCAAAUUAAUAAGAUAAUUGAAGACACCAAAGUAUUUAGAACAAUUUUCGAAAUGACUGAAGAAGAUUCGGUAUUUGAUCCUACUUUGAAAAAGAAAAAGAAGAAAAAGAAAACUACUUUUGAUCUUGAUGCAGCAUUUAAUGAAAACAGUAGUACCGGUGAUAUCUUGGAAAAUAUUGAUAAAGAAAAUCAAGAACCUGAACCUUCUGUACCAGCUGAAGAUGACGAAGCAUUGGAUUUAGAAAAUUUUGGAAGAAAGAAAAAGAAGAAGAAAAAAGCAUUUAAUUUAGAUGAACUUGAUGCAGCUUUGCCUGAUACAAAAAAAGAGGAUGUUGUUGAACAACAAACAGAAGAAGUUAUUGUGGAUGACACUUUUGACUUAGAUAUGGAUUUUUCAAAAACUAAAAAGAAAAAAAAGAAAAAGAAAGAUCUUGAUGAAUUAGUAGCUGAAGAAGAACGUAAAGAAAUUGAAGAUAAAGAAAAUGAAGAAACAAGUUGGGUUGGAUCAGACAGAGAUUAUACUUAUGACGAAUUAUUGGUAAGAGUAUUUAAUAUUAUGAGAGAAAAAAAUCCAGACAUGGUUGCUGGUAAAAAACAGAAGUUUGUCAUGCGUCCUCCACAAGUAGUACGUAUAGGCACUAAAAAAACAUCUUUUGCUAAUUUUACAGAGAUAUGCAAAACACUUCAUAGGCAACCAAAACAUUUACUCGACUUUUUACUCGCUGAAUUAGGAACUAGUGGUUCUGUUGAUGGAAAUAGUCAACUUAUCAUUAAGGGUCGUUUUCAACAGAAACAAAUAGAAAAUGUUCUUAGGAGAUACAUUAAAGAAUAUGUUACCUGCCACACUUGUCGUUCUCCAGAUACCAUUCUUCAAAAAGAUACCCGACUAUUUUUCUUACAAUGUGAAACUUGUGGUUCAAGAUGUUCAGUAGCUAGUAUAAAAUCUGGUUUUCAGGCUGUUACAGGAAAACGUGCAGCUAUUCGAGCAAAAACUGCCUAAAAAAUUUAUCAUGUAUCACGUUUAUCAAUUUUGUAGCAUAAUUUUGAAAUUAUCUGAGAUUUCUUAUGUCAGAACGCAGUUUUUUACAAUAUCUAUUAUAAUGGUGUGCAAUUUGAACAUUCAUUUUUUUACUUAUAGCAAUUGAAAUGAUCGAUUAAAAAAAGAAAAAACAUUGUAAAAUUUAUUGCACAAUAUUUUUUAUUAAUCUGCAACAAACAAACAAAAAUUAUAGAAAAAAUUAUUGAUGAAAAAAUUUUUCUUCAUAUUUACCUGCUAUUUUUAACUAUUCUUAUCUUUAUUUUUUGGGUUUGAAGUCUUUAAUAUACUAUUUCCUCUUAGAAUAUAUAAAAUUAUAUGAUUUAACAUAAUUUUAACUUUUUUUUACACAUUUUCAUUAUUUUGGCAAUAAUCAUAUUGAACGCUUUCUAAAAAAAUAGCUAUACAGUUAUAUUGUACACUAUUUCAAUGAUGGGGAUAAAAUAAUCAUAUGAUAUGAAAUGCAUUAUCCAUUUGUCUACCAUGUGACAUAACAUCUUGUAUAAAGAACUGUCUACUAAAUAUAAAAUAUAGAUUACCAGUUAUAAACAAUAAAUUUUAAGCUGGUAAUAACUUGUUACAUCAUUUUCUGUAUACAAAAAAACUAUAACACUAAAUUCGAGUACAUUAUUACGCAUGGUGAAAAGUAUUAUUCCCAUAAUUAUCUUUUUGUGAAAAAUAUCAUGAUAAAAUAUAAUUUUUUUAAGCGAUCAAUAGCUAACUUACUUAAUUAAUUUAUUCAAUUGUAUUUAUUAGGUAAUAAAUUUAUUUUAAGAAACUCUA